AAUCCAGAGCGUGAUGAAAUCUGUCAAUGUCGAAAUGAAAUAUUGAGCUGAAGAUAUCUCGGGUUAUUUUCUAAAUUACUAGACUAUUUGUACCCGUUUGGGAUAUUUCUGUAAAAAUAUUGGUGAUGGUUUGUCCAGACAAGCAAAAUGUUCGAAAAUCAAGUUGUGAUUCUCAACAAGGGAGAUUACACGACUUGCGCAGUAAAUUUAAAAGGAGCAACGAUUACCUCAUGGAGAAUUGAGAACGAGGAACAAAUAUUUCUUGGCAGACGAACAGAACUAUCUUAUGUAGGUAUCACUCGCGGUGGCAUAAGUUUGGCUUUCCCUCGUCACGAAAAGUGGAGUAUAGGAAGAAAGCACGGAUUCGCUAGAGACAUGUUGUGGAAGCUGGAGACAGGGCCUACUUGUAACAAGAAUGGCGAUGUUUUUGCUGAAUUCAGUUUGAGCAGUGAUGCCUUCACAGAAUCACUCUGGAGCUCUCAGUUUUCUAUACUCUGUAGAAUCACUCUUCGGGAACGACAACUAGAAAUCAAGCUCACCAUAGAAAACCUAAGCAAGGAGUUUCCUAUGGAUUUCAAUUGCAUGCAUCAUGCUUACUUCAAAGUACCGGAUGUUGCCAAAUGCAAGAUUAGGGGAUUGAAAAAUUGUCGGUAUUUCCACAAUCAGGAUCCAGAGAAAAACAUGUUUACAGAGCUAAGAAACGAGGUUACUAUUUCCCAAUACACUGAUAUACUGUAUCAACGGAUAUCAAAAGAAAUGUAUUUAGAUAAAACUGGAGACUGGGAAAAAGUUCUCAAAAUAACUAAAACAAAUUUACCAGAUAUGGUUCUUUGGAACCCUUGGCAGGAGAUGGCAAAGACAUUGAUAGGUUUAGAUGAAGACGAAUACAAAUAUUUUGUGGCCUUAGAUCUCGGAAUAAUAGCGAACAGAAUGUACUUGAAACCACAAACAUACUUCAGGUCCACCCAGACCUACGAACUUAUUGAGCCACAAAAUUAUCAUCGUCAAGAUGACGAUUCCUAUGAUUAUUUCGAAGGUAUAUGUUGAUAAUUGAAGGAUAACAAAGAAAUUACAAAUCUCUCAUUGAUAAUCUGUAAAUGGUAUGGUUAUGUGUAAAACUUCUAAAACCAAGCAGUGCUUAAAUAUUAUGAUAAAAAAGAUAUAUGAAAAAUAAAUGAUAUGUUUUUUCCAGAA